AUUCCUGGAGGGGGGAAGCAGUUUCUGGACAGGAUGUGAGAGAGGAACUGGGGUCUUCAGUCACGGGAGCAACUGGGGCUGCAGGCGGGAAGGGAAGGAGACCGCGGGGAGCAGAGCUGGACCCCAGCGCCCAGGCCGGGGGACUGACCGCACGUGAGGGAGGAGGCUGGGGGCCUGGGCUCCGGGGCUGAGGCAGGAAGAAGAGGAACUGGCCGAGCUCUAGGAAAGGAGCCUCGGCCCAUCCAGACUCUGUCUCCGCCUCAGGAUGGGGGGCCCCAGGCCUCAGCCCUGGGGGCUCGGUCUCCUGCUCUUCCUCUUGCCGGGGAGCCUGCACUCAGCCGAGACCCAGCUCUCCCUGCUGUACCACAUCACCGCCAUGUCUGCCCCGGCCCCGGGGACUCCGGCUUUCUGGGCUUCGGGCUGGCUGGGCCCCCAGCAGUACCUCAGCUACAACAGCAUCCAAGGCCAGGCCCAGCCCUAUGGCGCCUGGAUCUGGGAGAGCCAGGUGUCCUGGUACUGGGAGAAGGAGACCACAGACCUGAAGGAGAAGCAGACGCUCUUCCUGGAAGCCUUUGAAGUCUUGGAGAAAGGAGUUUCCUACACCCUGCAGGGUCUCCUGGGCUGCAAGUUGGACUCUAACAACAACUCGGUGCCGGUGGCCACGUUUGCCCUGAAUGGUGAGGAGUUUAUGAGCUUUAACCCGACGUGGGGCAACUGGACGGGGGACUGGCCCGAGGCCGCCACCAUCAACCAGAAAUGGGAAGAAAACACCGAGACCGUCAACAAGGAGAAGACCUUCCUGCUGUACUCCUGCCCUCAGAGGCUGCUGGGCCAUCUGGAGAGGGGCCGCGGGAACCUGGAGUGGAAGGAGCCCCCCUCCAUGCGCCUGAAGGCCCGGCCGGGCAGCGCUGGCUCCUCGGUGCUCACGUGCAGCGCCUUCUCCUUCUUCCCGCCGGAGGUGCAGCUGCGCUUCCUACGAAACGGACUGGCAGCCGGCUCGGGUGAGGGUGGCCUCGGCCCCAACGGCGAUGGCUCCUUCCACGCCUGGUCGUCGAUCACAGUCAAGAGUGGCGACGAGCAUCACUACAGCUGUGUGGUCCAGCACGUGGGGCUGCCGGAGCCGCUGACUGUGGAGCUGGGCACUUCAGCCAAGUCCUCGAUGCCUGUGGCUGGAAUCAUCAUAGGCUUCUUACUGCUCACAGUGGUGAUUGUAGUGGGAGUUCUGCUGUGGAGGAGACUGAGGAACGGGCUGCCAGCCCCUUGGACCUCGCUCCGUGGGGAUGACAUAGGGACCCUCCUGCCCACUCCUGGCCUCUCCAAGGAUGCUGAUUCCUAGGAUGUAAAUGUAACCCUGGCAACCACCUGACUCCACGCUCGGGGCUGCUCCCAGCUAGUGUCCUCAAGUCCCUCUCUUGCUCUGAGACCUCCUGGACCCUGGUGUCUCCGAGCCGCCCUGAGCCCUGAGGGCCCCACUCUGGUUGCCUCCUGUGGUCUGCCUCAGUCUCCUCAUAUGUAUGGCUCUCUUACAUCUCUACAUGUAACAAGAGUUUGAGCCCAGA